CGCAACGACAUCUCUCUAUUUAGGAGGCAACUUUCGACGCGCAUAAGCGCUUUACUUUGACGGUUUAAUUGAUAAAAAAAAUUCACUAAAGUUACAAAAUAAUGUUGCAUUAAUUGAUAUAUAAACAACUAAAUUAUAUGAAUACUUAUAAUCCACGAGCGCACCCCUCCCGAGUGUCUGUGUGAGAGAUGCAAAUGUGUAAUAUGUUUUUGUUUUUGUUGCGACGCCAAAUUACAAAUGCGGCCGAUACACCGCUCGAUCCUUAGAAAGAAUAUACAUAGAAUAACAAACAUCGCGUGACACGGCCGGCACUUGUACUUUCAAUAAUAUUUUGUGCGCUUUUGAGAAGUUCACUUUUUAAUCUCAAUCACAAAUAAUGCAAAUUAAAUGUUUGUUCAUACUAAAAGUAAUUUUCGUGCUGUCAACAAUUGUCACAGUUACAGAUUGUUGUUCAAGCCGAAUUUUACUGUUGCGCCCGCACAUUUUGCAAAUUGAAGAGCGUGUAGUGCAAUUGGAGCUAAAGCAAUCAUUCGAUGCCAAUGGGCCACCGCUGGAGGCAGAUGGCUACGCUGACACCGCUGAAUUGCUGCGCAAUUUUAUUUCAGCCGAACCGGUGCUCCCUGCGGAAAACGUACCAUUAACAACUACGGACAUAGCCAUAAUAAUAACAGCUACUCCAGCAACAACAAUACCCACAACAUUAACACCUACGUUGGCAACAGGAGAACCACCGCCCAAUGACAGCACGCAGCGAAAUUCCUCAGACCAAAGCACUAGCACCAAUCUUGACAUCAGUGAUGUGAUACCUACCACAACAGUUGUACCAAGCAGCACCACAAUGACAACAACAACGACGACGGCAACGACUAGGGCAACCACUACUGAGAGCAAGCGAUCCUGCAGUAUUAACUAUUUUUGUUUGAAUGGAGGCAAAUGCUUUCGCUAUGACAUUGGCAACAGCAGCUUGAACUACUGCGAGUGCGCUGAAGACUUCGUGGGCGAACGCUGCGAGUCCAAAACUGAGAAUGUCCUUUCCAUUCCAGGUGUUAUUGUGUCCUUAGGUCCAACAGCUGAGCCUCAAUUGAAGACGGCCCACAUCGUUUUUUCAUUUCCCAUGCUGUUGCUCUUGUCUACCAUAUAUGUGGUCUUUGGCGCCAUCUUUAUGUUUCGCAAUGUGUCCGCCCAUCGGCGCAAGGAGCAGCAACAAAAACUUAAUUUGCACGAUCAGCGUUUCUUUAUCAGCUGUUGAAGUACAGCUGGUCACAAUUAACUCAAUUUGUUUUAAAAUUUGGAAACACUUGGUUUCGCACACUUUUGUACCAAAAAAAAAUGUGGUUGCAUUUCUUGAUUAUUGCUAAGAUAUUUCUUUUUUUUUUGCUAUUACGUUGCGCAACGCUUUAAUUU